AUGGAAUUCAUGAAACCAAUUGCAAGUGUCAGCCCUGCCUAUACAUCCACGUCAUCCGGAAAACACCAGAAGCAACUGAAAUUCGUAGCUAUACGUGGUGCAAAACUCCACAAAGCUACGAAAACGGAUCACGGCCUGCGACGUACCACAGGCGUUUGGAGCCCGACGCUCCGCCGCUUACUGGAGUUUAGAGGGAAACGCUACUUUGGCUCAGUGAGAUACAGCACGCCUAAAGCACAAAGCGUCAGGAAGGCGGGGGACGCUUUUUGCCCAUUUAUCUUUCCGUUCCUCCCUUACUGCAGCUAUUUAAAGGUUAAACGGAAAACGCCACACCCCGAAAGGCCUGCGGACAGCUCACUAGAGAGGAAUCUCCUCACACACCGCGCCGGGACGGUCGCUGAGGGACACCGCGGAUGCGGCCUGCCGCCUCUUCAGGAGCGGCGCUGCCCCAAGAGAAGCCCCGUCUCUCAGAAGGGCCACCAGCCGCGACGCGGGGAGGACGCGGGAGCCGCCUCCACCUGCGGGCCGCCCUCCGAAGCAAGGGGCAGGCCCGGGUGCCUGAAAGGAUCCCCGCCGCCUCUUCCCGCCCCUGACAGCCCCGGGCAGGAACCGGGGCAGCGGCGGCUGCGGGCGCACUACUUCUCUGUUGAUGCCCAUCAACGGCCUUUUCGCCGCGGAGGCUCUUGGGAGCUGUAG